AUGCCGGAGGUUUGGGAGGAUUGGUCUUGGAGCGAAGUUUACCCCUCCGGCCAGGAGCUGCGUCGGUAUUUUGCCCAUGUCGAUAAAAAGCUUCAUAUCAAGAAAGAUGUGGACUUCCAGUCCAAGGUAGUGAAGGCACAGUUCGUCCGAGAAAAGAGCUGUUGGCGCACCGAAACGGAGGAUGGUCGAGUCACCGAAUCCCAAUUUCUCCUACCAUGUACAGGACUUGCAUCGAAGAGCUACACGCCUACUUUUCCUGGGAUGGAGAACUUCAAGGGCGAGAUAUAUCACUCUGAACACUGGCCAGAGGAGAACGUUAAUAGUCAAGGCAAGAAAGUGGCAGUGAUAGGCACGGGCUCAGCAGGAGUUCAGAUUAUCCAAGAGUGGGCAAAAGAAGCAGGCACUUUGACGGUGUUUCAGAGAACACCCAACCUGGCUUUGCCCAUGCGACAGCUUCAAUUUCCCCAACACCAGGAGGUCAUCAGGUCCAUGUAUCCGCACGUCUUUCGGGACCGUGGUAAGACCUUUGCGGGCUAUGUAGCAAUGCAAGUACCCAAACGGACAUUUGACGUUUCACCCGAGGAGCGUGAGGCUUUUUAUGAAUAUGCAUGGAAAAAGGGCGGUUUUCAUUUCAUUAUUGGAACAUAUAUCGAUAAUUUGACCGACCUGCAAGCAAACCGUGCCUUGUACGACUUCUGGGCUCAAAUGACGCGUUCGAGAAUCCUCGACCCCAGAAAGCGGGACCUCCUGGCACCAUUGGAUCCACCACAUCCUAUUGGAGCGAAACGAUCGUCACUGGAAUUGAAUUACUAUGAAGUAUUCAACCAGCCGAAUGUCCACCUAGUCAAUGUGCGCGAGGAUAAGAUUGUUGAAUUCCGGCCCCACGGUAUUGUCACGAGCAGUGGAGCCUACCAUGAGCUUGACGCGGUCGCAUUGGCAACUGGGUUUGAUGGUUUGACAGGGAGCUUGACCAACUUAGGUCUUCGAAACACGGAGGGCAUAUCUCUGAAGGAGGAAUGGAAGGAUGGCGCAAAAACAUACCUGGGUCUGACGCUUAGCGGAUACCCCAAUCUGUUCUACAUGUGCGGAGUGCAUGGACCGAGCGCACUUAGCAAUGUACCCUCAACUAUUGAAGUACAGGGCCAGAUUAUCAUCGAUACAAUCCAGAGAAUGCGGGCCAAUCGACUGGCAUCUCUCGAGGCUACAUCAGAGGCAGCAGACUCAUGGACAAAAUGGGCGGAUGAAAUCGCUAACGCGACACUGUUUACUCGGGCGGACUCUUGGUAUAUGGGCGCCAAUAUACCGGGGAAGAAGCGGCAGAUGCUUAAUUUUUGUGGUGGAAUACCAGCAUACAAACAGGCUUGUACAGAGGCUCUGGAGAAUUGGAAGGGGUUCAAGACUGUACAGAUGGCGAAUCUCUGA